CCUGAAUUGUGUGUUAGAAAUUGUGUUUACAAAAUGUUUAAGAAAUUUGUUUGCUUCUUUGUGCUGAUUAGUGUAAUCGGACCUAUCAGCGAAUGGCCAAGCACCCAUGGAGCUCCCAUAUAUUCAAUGGAGUCUCCUGGAUAUUUUUCACACUCUCCUAGACAUUGGUUCGACUCAGCUGCAGAUUCAUUAGACUCUGCUAAAGAUCCAUUAGACGGUGCUGGAGAUUCAUUAGAUCCUGCUGGAGGUUUAUUAAAAUCUGCUAGAGAUUUAUUAAAUUUUGCUGCAGAUUCAUUAGAUGCUGCUGGAGAUUCACUACACUCUGCCAACGGUUCAUUAAAUUAUGCUCGAGAUUCAUUAGACUCUGCUGGAGAUACAUUAGUGUCGGAUUCAGAUUCAUUAGGCACUGCUGGAAAUUCACUAGACUCUGCAGGAGAUUUAUUCGUCGCUACUGGAAAUUCAUUAGCCGCUGCUGGAGAUUCAUUAGACUCUGCUAGAGAGUCACUACAUUUUGCUGAAGAUUCACUAGAUUCUGCUGCAGAUAUAUUAGCGUCGGAUUCAGAUUCAUUCGACGCUGCUGGAAAUUCAUUAAACGCUGCCGGAGAUUUAUUCGACGCUGCUGGAAAUUCAUUAGACGCUACUGGAGAUUCACAAGACUCUGCCAGAUAUUUAUUCGACGUUGCUGGAGAUUCAUUAGCCGCUGCUGGAGAUUCAUUCGACUCUACUGCAGAUUCAUUCGACUCUACUGCAGAUUCAUUAAAUUCUGCUGCAGAUCCAUUAGACUUACAUUCAGAUUCAUUAUACUUUGUUUCAAAUUCACUAGACUCUUAUUCAAAUUCAUUGUACUUUGAUUCAGAUUCAUUAUACUCUUACCCAGAUCCAUUAUUAUCUAAUUCAGAUUCAUUAUUCUUUGAUUCAGAUUCAUUAGACUCCGCCUUAGAUUCGUUAGGCUCUGAUUCAGAUUUAUUAGAGCCUGCUUUAGAUUUAUUAGACUAUGAUUCAGAUUCAUUAUACUCUUACCCAGAUCCAUUAUUCUCUAGUUCAGAUUCAUUAUUCUCUGAUUCAGAUUCAUUAGACUCUGCUAGAGAUUCACUAAAUUUUGCUGAAGAUUCACUAGAUUCCGCUGGAGAUAUAUUAGCGUCGAAUUCAGUAUCAUUCGACGCUGCUAGAAAUUCAUUAGACGCUACUGGAGAUUCAAUAGACUCUGCCGGAUAUUUAUUCGACAUUGCUGGAGAUUCAUUAGCCGCUGCUGGAGAUUCAUUCGACUCUACUCCAGAUUCAUUAAAUUCUGCUGCAGAUCCAUUAGACUUACAUUCAGAUUCAUUAUACUUUGUUUCAAAUUCACUAGACUCCUAUUCAAAUUCAUUGUACUCUGAUUCAGAUUCAUUAUACUCUUACCCAGAUCCAAUAUUCUCUAAUUCAGAUUCAUUAUUCUUUGAUUCAGAUUCAUUAGACUCCGCCUUAGAUUCGUUAGGCUCUGAUUCAGAUUUAUUAGAGCCUGCUUUAGAUUUAUUAGACUAUGAUUCAGAUUCAUUAUACUCUUACCCAGAUCCAUUAUUCUCUAGUUCAGAUUCAUUAUUCUCUGAUUCAGAUUCAUUAGACUCCGCCUUAGAUUCGUUAGGCUCUGAUUCAGAUUUAUUAGAGCCUGCUUUAGAUUUAUUAGACUAUGAUUCAAAUUCAUUACUCUCUGACUCAGAUUCAUUAUACUCUACUAGAAAUUCAUUAUACUCUUACGCACAUUCAUUAUAUUCUUAUUCACAUUCAUUCUACUCUUAUUCACAUUCAUUAUACCCUUUUUCAGAUUUAUUAUACUCUGAUUCAGACCCAUUAUACUCUGAUUCAGAUUCAUUAAAUUCUUAUUCAGAUAACUUAUACUCUGAUUCAUAUUCAGCAUACUCUUAUUCAGAUUCACUAGACUCUGAUUCAGGUUUAAUAGACUCUGCAUUACAUUCAUUAAAUUCCGAUUCAGAUUCGUUGGAUUCUGAUUCAUGUUCAUUAGGCUCUAACUCAGAUUUUGAAGAUUCUUAUUCAGAUCCAUUAUACUCUGAUGUAGAUUCAUUAGACUCCGAUUCGGAUUCAUCAUUCUCUGAUUCAAAGCCACUAGAUUCUGACUCGGAUUCAUUAUACUAUGAUUCAGAUUCAUUAUACUCUGAUUCAGAUUCAUUUAACUCUGCUUUAGAUUCAUUGCACUCUUAUUCAGAUAUGUUAUACUCUGAUGAAAAUUCAUUAGACUCUGACUCGUAUUCAUUACACUCUCAUUCAGAUUCAUUAUACACUGACCCAGAUUCACUAUACUCUUAUUCAAAUUCAUUCUACUCUGAUACAGAUUCUUUGUACUCUUACCCAGAUUCAUUAGACUUUGAUUCAGAUCCAUUAUACUCUAAUUCCGAUUCAUUAUUCUCUGAUUCAGAUUCCCUAUUCUUUGGUUCGGAUUCAUUAGUCUCUGAUUCAGACUCAUCAGACUUCGACUCAGAUUCUUUCGACUCUGAUUCAGAUUCAAUGGACUCAGUUUUAGAUUCAUUAUACUCUGAUUCAGAUUCGUUUGACUCUGCUUUAGAUUCGUUAGACUCUGACUCAGAUUCAUUGGACUCGGAUUCAAAUUCUUUAUACUCUGAUUCCUACUCAUUAGACCAGGAUUCAGAUUCAUUAGACUCUUUCUUAGCCUCCAAUUCAGAUUCAUUAGACUAUGAUUCAGACUCGUUAUUCUCUGAUUCAGAUUCACUAGACUCUGAUUCAGACUUUUUAUCCUCCGACUCACAUUUUUUAUUCUCUGAUUCAGAUUCAUUAAAGUCUGAUUCUGAUUCCAUAGCCUCUGAUUCAGACUUAUUAUUUCCCGACUCACACUCUUUCUUCUCUGACUCAGAUUCAUUAUCCGCUGCCUCAGAUUCUUUCUUCUCUGAUUCAGAUUCAUUAGACUCUUCUUUAGAUUCUUUAGACUUUGAUUAUGAUUCAUUAUUCCCUGAUUCAGAUUCAUCAGACUCUGACGCAGAUUCAUUAGACUCUGACUCCGACUCUUUAUACUCUGAUUCAGAUUCAUUAGCCUCCGAUUCAGAUUCAUCAUACUCUGUUUUAGAUUCGUUAGACUCUGAUUCAGAUUCAUUAGACUCUGACUCCGACUCUGUAGAUUCGGAUUCAGAUUCAUUAGACUCCGAUUCAGAUUCAUCAGACUCUGUUUUAGAUUCGUUAGACUCUGGUUCAGAUUCAUUCGACUCUUCUUUAGCCUCUGAUUCAGAUUCAUUAGACUUUGAUUCAGAAUCAUUAUCCUCUGCUUUAGAUUCUUUAUUCUCCGAUUCAGAUUCAUUAGACUCUUCCUUAGAUUCUUUAGACUUUGAUUAUGAUUCAUUAUUCUCUGAUUCAGAUUCAUUAUCCGCUGCUUCAGAUUAUUUGUUCUCUGACUCAGAUUCAUUAUUCUCUAAUUCAGAUUUAUUAGACUCUGAUUCAGACUUAUUAUUCUCUGAUUCAGAUUCAUUAGAUUCAAUAGAUUCGUUAUCCUCUGAUUCAGAUUCAUUAGACUCUGAUUCAGACUUAAUAUUCUCUGACUCGGAUUCUGUGUUCUCUGAUUCAGAUUCGUUAUCCUCUGCUUUAGACUCAUUAUUCUCUGAUUCAGAUUCAUUAGAUUCAAUAGAUUCGUUAUCCUCUGAUUCAGAUUCUUUGUCCUCUGAUUCAGAUUCAUUAGAUUCAAUAGAUUCAUUAUUCUCUGAUUCAGAUUUAUUAGACUCUGAUUCAGACUUACUAUUCUCUGACUCGGAUUCUUUGUUCUCUGAUUCAGAUUCGUUAUCCUCUGCUUUAGACUCAUUAUUCUCUGAUUCGGAUUCAUUAGAUUCAAUAGAUUCGUCAUCCUCUGAUUCAGAUUCAUUAGACUCUGCUUUAGACUCAUUAUUCUCUGAUUCAGAUUCGUUAGAUUCAAUAGAUUCGUUAUCCUCUGAUUCAGAUUCAUUAGACUCUGAUUCAGACUUAUUAUUCUCUGACUCGGAUUAUUUGUUCUCUGAUUCAGAUUCGUUAUCCUCUGCGUUAGACUCAUUAUUCUCUGAUUCAGAUUCAUUAGAUUCAAUAGAUGCGUUAUCCUCUGAUUCAUUAUUCUCUGAUUCAGAUUCGUUAGAUUCAAUAGAUUCGUUAUCCUCUGAUUCAGAUUCAUUAGACUCUGAUUCGGACUUAUUAUUCUCUGACUCGGAUUCUUUGUUCUCUGAUUCAGAUUCGUUAUCCUCUGCUUUAGACUCAUUAUUCUCCGAUUCAGAUUCAUUAGAUUCUAUAGAUUCGUUAUCCUCUGAUUCAGAUUCAUUAGACUCUGAUUCAGACUUAUUAUUCUCUGACUCGGAUUAUUUGUUCUCUGAUUCAGAUUCGUUAUCCUCUGCGUUAGACUCAUUAUUCUCUGAUUCAGAUUCAUUAGAUUCAAUAGAUGCGUUAUCCUCUGAUUCAGAUUCAUUAGACUCUGAUUCAGACUUAUUAUUCUCUGACUCGGAUUCUUUGUUCUCUGAUUCAGAUUCGUUAUCCUCUGCUUUAGACUCAUUAUUCUCUGAUUCAGAUUCAUUAGAUUCAAUAGAUUCAUUCGUUAUCCUCUGCUUUAGACUCAUUAUUCUCUGA